AUGCCCAGAGAUCAAGGUCUCCUUCUCGGUCCUUCCAACGGUGUUAACGGUGAUGUGUCUACCACACCUCAACCAUCUAGCCGAUUUGAGGAAUCAGUCCAUCCAAUGAAAAUUACAGAAACUCAAAUGAAUGGCACACAAUCACAGGAGACACCACGAAAUGCAAAUAUAUGUGCCGGUUGUGGAAUGGUGAUUUGGGAUCGAACAAUGCUAAGUGCAAUGGAACAGAAUUGGCACAACCAUUGCCUCAAAUGUCACUGCUGUGGUGGUCGAUUAGCAGAGAUGGGAACUUCACUAUUUCAUCGUGGAAACAUGCUGCUGUGUCGUCAAGACUACCUAAAGUAA